GCAUGCGCCCGCAGCCCCCCGGUCCGCGAGCCCCGCGCCGAGCCUCUUAAGAGCGAGCGGUGCGCUGCAGCGCGGUCUCUUACGGCGCGGGACAGGCACAGGUGUCGGGGCGCCGUCCGGGGACCCACCUCGCAGAGAGCCCGCGCGACAUGGGCACGAGGAGCGCAGAGGUUAACGGCUACACCAAAGGAACGGCUCCGCCGCCGUCUCCGCCGCCGCCGCCGCCGUCGGCCUCCCGACUGGCACCCAAAGGUGGCGCGGCGGCGCUGCGGCGCGCGCUCCGCCACUUCUUCCGGCGCAACCUGCUGGUGGUGCUCACCGUGUCCGGGGUGCUGCUGGGCGCCGCGCUCGGCAUGGCCGUGCGGCGCGCGGAGCUGUCUCGCGCGCAGGUCACGUACCUGGCCUUCCCCGGCGAGAUGCUGCUGAGGAUGCUCAAGAUGGUCAUCCUGCCGCUGGUGGUGUGCAGCCUCGUGUCGGGCGCCGCGUCGCUGGACACGCGCUCCCUGGGCAGGCUGGGCGGGGUGGCCGUGUCCUACUUCCUGGUGACCACCCUGGUGGCCUCGUGCAUCGGGGUCGUGCUCGCCUUCAUCAUCAAGCCCGGCGUGGGGGCGGGGCGCCUCAACACCAACGGCCUGCUGGGCCUGGAGAACGUGAGCAGCCACAAGGACACCACGGACUCCUUCUUAGACCUGGCCAGGAACUUGUUUCCAGCCAACCUUGUCGCCGCCGCCUUUCGCUCGUACGCCACCGAUUACAAGUUCGUCGCAGUUGGAAACGUGAGCAACGGGAGCCUCGUCUACCAGAAGGUACCCGUCGGCACGGAAGCCGAGGGCAUGAACAUCCUGGGCCUGGUUCUGUUCGCCAUGGUGUUUGGAGUGGCUCUCAGGAAGCUGGGACCCGAAGGGGAGGAUCUCAUCCGCUUCUUCAACGCCUUCAAUGACACCACAAUGGUGCUGGUCUCCUGGAUCAUGUGGUACGUCCCCUUCGGCAUCAUGUUCCUGGUGGGAAGCAAGAUUGUGGAGAUGGAAGAUGUGGUCCUGCUCGUGAGCAGUCUGGGGAAAUACAUCUUUGCUUCCAUCUUGGGACACUUAAUCCACGGGGGCAUUGUGCUGCCCCUCAUCUACUUUGGACUGACACGGAAAAACCCCUUCACCUUCCUGUCCGGCCUCAUUGCCCCUUUCACCACUGCCUUCGCCACGUGCUCCAGCUCUGCCACUCUGCCCUCCAUGAUGAGGUGCAUAGAGGAGAACAACGGCGUGGACAAGAGAAUCAGCCGCUUCAUCCUCCCCAUCGGUGCCACCGUCAACAUGGACGGGGCUGCCAUCUUCCAGUGCGUUGCUGCCGUGUUCAUCGCCCAGCUCAACAACACCGAGCUCAACGCUGGACAAAUUUUCACCAUCCUGGUAACUGCCACAGCCUCCAGCGUCGGGGCAGCUGGUAUACCUGCCGGAGGGAUUAUCACAAUUGCCAUCAUCCUGGAGGCCAUCGGACUGCCCACGCAUGACCUGUCGCUCAUGCUUGCCGUUGACUGGAUUGUGGACCGCACUACAACGGUUGUGAACGUGGAGGGAGACGCCCUCGGUGCGGGGAUCCUCCACCACAUCAACGAGAAGGAGAUGAAGAAGCAGAAGCUGCAACAGGAGGAGGGUGCAGAGCUGGCAGACGUACGGGUGGAGGCAGUGGCAAACGUGCAGGCCGAAGAAGAGACGUCCCCGCUGGUCACGCACCGCAAACAAACCAGCGACAGCACGGCAAACAUGCUAGAAGAGAAGAUUGACAUGGAAUCUGCUCUCUGAGCCAACAGAAACCUAAAGCAAGGGUCACACCUUUCAUAGGUUCACCUUUGGCUGGACAGAUCAUGAAACUCGCACCCGUUACCAGCUAUGUGCCAUAUCCUUUAUAUGUCCCACACACCUGUAUUCUGUCAGUCUUCUGUGGAUAUUGGUUUAGGGUCUGAGGCUUCUGUUCGUUGGAACUUCGUUGUGUGCUUUUUUUUCUCCUCAUAGCUUUGCACCGCCUUGUUACCAUGGGAUUGUUUUUUUUUUUUUUACUGUGUUGCCUUAGUGGUUAAUUUAGUCAUUUCAAAGGGAACGUGAGAGAUUAAGCGCUACAGUAUGUGAACAGUGAUGACAAUUUCUAGAUUUAUUCUCUAACAAUUAAAUGAUACAAUAAUUUUUUGUGCAGUGUCUUUCCAAACCUGUAUCGUUGGCAGUAUGGAAAGUGCGGGAAUUGGGUGAAAUAUUUUUAAAUCCGUUCAACCUGGCUGCGACGACUUUCAAAAAUUUCGAUCCGUUUCAAACAUCUUACAACUGUGAUGGACAAAAAUGAAGUUAAUGGAAAAGAGAAGACAAAAGCAGACUUUUGAGUUUAUAGCAUAUGUUAGCAAUGGCCAUCACCAUUGUCAAUAUUUAAAUGCUAUUUUUCAAGAAAUUCAUCUUAUUUUUGACAUCUGUGUAUUAUAAAAACUGUCUAUUAUGAAAACACAUUUGUUAUGAAAUGCACUUUUGAUGACGAAACUGAAAGCGGUUGAAUAUUCUGAGGCUAUUUUACUAACAUUUAUGGUACUCUUAUUUGCAGUAUUUCACAUUAGCCCUGAAAAUUGAGACUGCUGUUAGGUUCUAUAAAGUAACAUCUUUGGAGGCAAAAGAAUAUUUUGAAAGAGAUUAGAUUUCAUUAUUUCUGUCUAGAUAUGAACAGUGCAUAAUUGUUUUGCUGUUUCAUAUGACCUACUACUGUACUGUUAUGGGCUGCAUUUAUUUAUUGAAAUAACUAUGCUAAUAGCAUUUGGUACAUUUUAGAUAUAAAUCUAGUUUUUUUAAUCAUGUCUUUUUGGUGAGUUCAGAUUUUGUAUUGUUUGUUUAUACAGUUCAUUUGUAAUUUGCAGUUUUAAAAAAAAAAUGUAAACUUUGCAAUCAUCUGGAUGUUUACAUUGAAAUGUGCACAUUCCUUGACACUGUAUAAUACUAAGCAAAUCCUUCUCGCUUUACAUAAGGGGAGAAUCAUUUUCACUGUACAUUUUCAUGUUAAUCAAGUGUUUUGCCAGACUCCAUUGUUGGGAUACAAACUCUUAUGUAUAAAAAUGCCCUUUCUGUAUGAAAAUGUGAAUGUGUUUAGCUGCUUGGUAAGGGUAGAUGUGUCUAGAAAGCUUGGAAAAUUGCACAGUGGAAAUAAAUGUUUCAAUAUCAAAUGAAGACUUGGAGGAAUCCAAAGGUAAAAGACAAAGGGCAUUCUCACAUUAUAGUCACAGCUUUUUACCCAGUCUUCAGCAGGAAUUAACUACUUUGAACAUCA